AUAAUUGGGUGAAACUAUUGUUUAAAAAUUUAAAAUCACACGUUUAGAAGUUUCCAUGAAGCUCGAGACGUACUUCCCCCACUGCCAAAAGUACAACUCCAUGUGCCACUCUCCCUAUAAAUACAGCCCUCACAUUUCUCCACUUGCUCAAACAAUUUCCUUCAAACAAAAAUCCUACAUCCCUCUCCAAAUCAUCAAUCUAAAUCCAAACUCAAACACCAAAAUCUUUUAUAGAUUCAAGAAAUCAAUAAAAAGAAAUGGAGCAAAAUCUACCAAUCAUAGCGAAGAAAUUCUGGAGCAUAGUGAAAGUGGCGUAUUUCAUGUUGAGAAAAGGCAUAUCUAAGGCCAAGCUGUUUUCCGAUCUUAACAUGAUGCUGAAGCGCGGCAAGAUCGCCGGCAAAGCCGCCAUGCACAACCUCAUCUUCCACCACCACCACGCCCAAGAGCCGCAGCUCGCGGAGUUACGAGUUCAGCUGCAGCAGCACCCCGGCCUUCCGGCUGCCGUUCCACCUCAGCAAGCGCAAGGGCGAGAGCGAGCUGUGGGCGGCGGCGGUGGAGAUGGCGAGCAGUGUGGCGCCGUCGCCGGCGCUGCCGGGGUUCGGGCGGACGCCGACGGUGAGGCAGCUGAGGAUAACGGACUCGCCGUUCCCGUUGAGAGAGAUCGAAGAAGAUCACCGCGUUGAUGAAGCUGCCGAGAAGUUCAUCUCCAAGUUUUAUAGGGAUUUGAAGAAGCAAAAUGCAUUUGCUCCUUGAAUUUUUAUUUUAUUUUUCUUUGCGGGAAAAUGGAAGCAUGUUGCAGUUUUAUGUGAUUAUGCUGCUAUAGAUUUAUGUUUCUAUAUAUAGAAAUUAAAGGAGAUCGAAGAAUGAUAUGCGUAGAAAUGUUUUUAGGUUUCUUUUGGUCAAGAAAAUGUAAUUUAAUUAGCAAUAUACCAAGGAAUAAAAGAAUUAUAUAUUUGUAUAAA